AUUAAAUCAAUAGUCUGUUCAAAUAAUGGAUGAAAAACAGUUUAAAGGUAGCUAUUCCCCAGAAAAUAUAACAAAAUUUAUAUCAAAAAGCAAAGGGGCUACUUUCACUAGUGCAGGGUAUAAGCCAAAGAGUUCGAUCAAGUUAAACAAAUAAGCAUGGAUACUACCAAGCAAACACAGCUCAACUUACAGAUAAUUCUAAAAUUCAAACUCAAAGUAUCGUAAGAAUGGAUGGGACCUUCUACAAACCCUUGGGAGGGAAUACAAAGUUUGUGAGGAAGAUGUCAUCAACACUUGGGACGAUCAAGACACCAGCCAAGGAUAGGUCCAUAACCAGAACUAAGAGCGAUAACUCCUCCCCAGGAAUGGUCUUCAAUAAACUCAAAAGUGAUAGUACAAUUCUUGAAGCCAAAAUGCUCAAAGCUCGAUCAGAAUCAGCCAAUUCUAAUUAUGCCAGGAAGAAAGCUAAGAGCAGGAAAUAAAAUAUCAAAACGAGGGGAAGAAAUGAUGAUCAUAAGAGAUAUGAAUGGACACCCUACUUUGGGUAAGAGUAAAAAUUGGGACAAGAUUUCUCAAUCUACUAGCUCCUCUAGAAACAAAAUUGCUGGAGCAAUGUCUGCCCUGUCACAAGUAAAGGGGAAGAAUACAAUCGUGCCUGACAUCAGUGCAAUUCGGCUUGAGAAUUCCCAAGAAAUACCGAAUAGCUUUAGCACUCUUGAUCAUUUGCAUAUGAAGAGGAAAAGAGGGGAUAGUGCUCAUAAAUCAGAUAGCGAGAUAGGGUCAAAGAAUCCCUCAAAGGUCAAGAUUGAACGAAGAGCUGCUUCAAAGCAGCAGAAGUUGUUCCAUGAACGUGUUAAAGAUGCUUCGAAUAUCUACACUCAAAGUUCUCUAAAUAUAGCUAACUUCCUGAAUUGAUCAAUGCAUCCUCGAAUGCAGAAGACCAAAUAAAAAGAAGAAGUCUGAUAAAAUUAUAUCCAAAAAUGCUUAUAGAACAGCUGUGAGCAAGAACAAUUGCCGGUCCCAGAGCAGCCAACAGAUGAUGAGAGAGAGCAAGGCUGCUCUUAAAGAUCAUGAAAGUUUCACAAAUAUGGGUAUUUCAGGAGCUAACAAUAAGUUAGCAAAAGCAGCAAAGAACUUGUCAGAAAUAAGGCUCAAAAGAGCCAUUGAACGAAGAAAGAAACCCUCUGAGGUCCAGUAUAAGACCAAUGUGCUAUCAAGACACUGUGUUAGAGAUCAUGACAAGAGCGGUAGCAGUAACAGAGCCAAUAGUUCGUUUCUGGAGGUGACAACCACAAAGCGAACUUCAAAAUUACCUACGAAUGCUAACUCAAUGGUUAAGAAAAACGCUACAAGAAACUCUCACAAUGGGGACAUUCUGGUAGUAGAGAGGUUGUUAAGUGAUCUUAGAACAAAGAUCGAAGAAUUAGAUGAAAAGAGCUCUGAUAGUGACGGAACCAUAAAUACACCUAUUGAAAAGUCAAAUCCAUGGGAAAUAAAAUUAGAUUUGCUCUCAAAAUCUCUCAAAGAAUAUCGAACUGAAUUCCCGAAAUUUACAAACUAUAUUAGCUACAUAAAGGAUCAAUACAGCCUCUGCAUGAAAGAAUUUAUAAGGUAUGAGCAAAAACGUAAGGAAUUACUACGUCAGAACCUCAGCAAACUGAGGUCCUUACUGGACGCUGAAUCUCUCCAAAAGGAUAAAUUAGCUCAAAAAGUAACCACUCUCCAGUCUCAAGUAAAGAUCUUGGAGUCCGAUCUUGAACACGAAAGACUCCAUAAAAAUGAUUACUGGGUCAAGAAGUGUGUAUUCUCACGAUUUCUAUCAAAAGUUCUUCACGAAAAAGUAGAAACCUUCGAAGACAAGGUAAAAUCUCAAAAACUUUUUAUAAAUAAGCAGGAAGCCCAAAUUGAGAAGAUGAAAAUUGAUGCCGAAAUCAGUAAGGAGAAGAUCAAGGAUGGCGAUAGAAAGCUCAAGGAAUUUAUUGAAAAGCUAGAUCUUGAAGCUUAUGACCUCUGAAGUGACGACUUUAAGCUCCUUUCAGCCAGAGUUUCUGAGAAGCCGAAGAAAGUUCACCCUGUUCCUAGAAUUAAUAUUCAAAAGGUGCUUGAGAUCAAGGAAAAAGCUGAGAAAGAAGAUGAAUCUUGUGAAGAAGAGGAGGAAGAAGGUGAAGAAGAUAGCCUACUCACUGAGAAUGAGAAGUAUUUGCCAACUGGAUCAAAGCUAGAGUCUUGUGACUCUCUUACACGAAAAGGAAGCCUCCUACGAAGGAAAGAAGAUGUUAUAGAUUUGCUCAAUAAAUGAUAUGAUAAAGAAGAGUCAAAGAGAAUAUCAGAAUCUGAGUCGUAUAGCCCAAACCAAAGCAGCUCUGAUACAUCCAAGAUCUCACCUCCAGUGCCUAAAAUAGAGGAUGAUGAGGUGAAAAUCGAGUAUCGAAACUCAAUAAACCUCAAGCCUUUCACAGUGCCUGAAAAGGAUGAUUAGCUUGGCGAUUUUUAACUCUCAAUAAUGUA